GGCCGCGUGGUGUUGAUUGUGCGAUCAGGGAUGCUAGGACGGAGGCCCUGUGUUUUUUGUCUGCUCUUGGUGUGUUUGGGGGUGGUCGCCAAAUCUCAGCAGGAGUGUCUAGAUCAGAUAUCUUCUGGAAGACGGUGUUGCACGCCUUCCGCAUUUACGAAGCUGAGCUUUAAGCUUCGUCUAAAUUCGGUGGCAGAAGGAUGUGACUCACCUUCUUACCUGGACCAAGGAGUGCGGCUAGAGGUGCGUAGACCUGGACACAACUGGGAACCUGUUCGUUUCUACACUGCCACAUUGGAGUCAAGAGACAAUAGUCUUAUAACUGGUCUCCCUGGUGGUACACGUGUUGCAGACGAGAACAACUCACAUUUUCCUGUCCUCAUAACUCAAGUGACUGAACCUUUCACUGUGUCAGAAUACUUCUGUGGAACUGAAUACUACACUGCAGGCACCGAGUACAGGUGGUUGCAGCGUUAUAACAGCUCUGCAAUAGAGGGCCAAGAAACCUGGAGCCUUGGAGAUGUGUCCAUAACUUACGAUGAAGGUGGUCUCCACUGCUCUGCAUUAUUGACAAAAUACCAUUUUCGUGAAGGCAAUGGAUCGAAUUUAGACGGUUCCAUUUGGACUCCUCUAGCAUGUGAGCAGCAAGGUUCAUCUCAGCCAGGUACUUUGUAUUUCAGUAGAAUAUUAGAGGUGGAUGGCUUUUCUCAAAGAGGUGUGCUUCUCACACCAACAUGGUGGAAUUCCAACUGCUCAAGUCGCACUUUUGCAGGUUGUGAGUUGAGCGAAGAAUGUAGAACUAGUACUAUUGGUGAUGAGGUGUGUAGUGUUGGAACUGGGAUGCAAUGCCAGUGCCAAUUCCCUCAAGUUCCUGGACGUGACAACGCAUGUUUUGACACAUCUCUGGGGUUUGAGCGGGCCAUGUAUAAUGUCAGUGAACAUGAAACGGCAGAAUUGUGCGUUAUUGGAGUCCUAAGUGGAGUAUUGUUGGAUGAUAUUCAAUUACUUGUCACGACUCAGCAAGGAACAGCAAACGCUACUGAUUUUACGUCAUUGACCACCACUGUGACACUGACCAACACCAUGCGCAGGUCAUGUGUGUCAAUAGCCAUUACAGACGACUCCAUUUCUGAGAACAUGGAAAAUUUCACAGUGUCACUUAGUCUUACUGGACCACAACACAGUGCUGCAUUACUCUCUCGAAGCACAACUACCAUAUCAAUAUUUGAUAAUGAUGUGGUGAAAUUAAUCAUGGAGUCUGAUACCCUUUAUGAGGGCCAGAAAGUGGAUACUCUAAGAUUGAGCAGCCUAAUAGAUGCAUGGGUAGAUAUUUCUGGAACAGCACUUGGAGAUGUUGAUUUUUACACCAGGAGAGUACGUAAAACGUCAGGAGACCUACUCCGGGUUACUGCUUUGGUUGAUGAUGUUUGGGAGGGAUGUGAAGACUUCCAACUCUUUGUUACAGCCGGAGGGCAGAAUUUUGUCCGCACAGUAUUCAUAAGGGAUUUGAAUGAGCUACAUGUUGGGUUUAAUGACAGUUACUAUGCAGUCAGAGAGAAUGAUAGCUCAGUAACUGUGUGUGUGACAAUACAGCAAGGACACAUGGAUGAAAAUGCUGUGCUUUCUCUUGAAGUUAGUACAGUGCAGAUUCCAGGAUCUGCCCAAGAGGUUUUGGACUACAGAGGCAUCUCAACAGUAAUUACAUUCAAUUCGUCUGUAUCUGUGAACUGUUUGACGCUGGUUGUUGUGGAUGACAAUUCCCUUGAACAAAAUGAAACUCUGAUGAUGUCACUAUCCUUUGUUCAUGACACAUAUAAUGUAAAUUUUACCCAGAAAAGUGUCACUGUGAAGAUUAUGAAUGAUGAUGUUCUGAAGAUUGGGUUUGUAAGUCCUGUGUAUAGCGCUAGUGAAGGACUUGCAAAUGUCACCGUAUGCAUUGAAGUGAAGGAGGGAUCUCUUUCAAUAACACCAAACCUUUCAUUGUCUACCUACAACCACACUGCAGGUCCAGGCAGUGUCAUGGAUUCAAGGAGCACAAUAUUUUUUAGUAUGGAUGAACAUGUGAUGUGCAGAGAUAUUAUGUUUAAUGAUGAUAUGAAGUAUGAGGAAACUGAGAACUUAACUCUUUCGCUGACCCUGACCGGAGAACUACACAAUGAAGUUGAAGUAUCCCCGGACACUGCCACGAUAUCUGUCAUUGAUGAUGAUUAUUUGUACAUUGGGUUCGAGCAAUCUGCCUAUACUGCCAGUGAACGAGAUGCAUCCAUAAGUGUGUGCAUAGAAGUGAAAGAUGGGUUACUGGGAGCACCCAUCAGUGUCAUAAUGGCCGUUGAGAGUUUAGGUGCACAAGCAAAUAGUGACUUUCAAGACGUAGAAAAUAGAGUCUUAACCAUUGAGCCACCAUUCGAGACACCUCUCUGCGUGGCUGCUGUUUCUAUUAUAAAUGACAUGGCUUUUGAAGACAGUGAAACACUGAAUGUAUUACUGACUGCAAUGGAUGUUUUUAGCCGAGUAAUUGUCACCCAGCCAACAGCAACCAUUAUUAUCACCGAUGACGACAUGGUAACAGUUGGAUUUGAUCAGAGGGAUUAUACAGUGAGGGAGGAUGGUCGUCAGUUGGAAAUGUGUGUCACAGUACGUGAUGGAAUGCAAUUGGGUACUAAUUUGACAGUACAUCUUGAGAGUGAAACAGGAACUGCUGAAGAGAACAAAGAUUACAUAAAGCUGUCAAGGGAUAUAACAUUAUCUCCAACCACCCCCGAGCAGUGUGUUUCUAUUGAUAUCAUUGAUGACACAGCAUUUGAAGAAAAUGAGAUGAUGGCUAUGUCAGUUUCUCUUGCUGAAGUACAAGAGAGAGUACAGAUUUUGCCACAAAGUGCUAAUGUGUUCAUCACUGAUAACGAUGAGCUACAUGUUGGGUUUAAUGACAGUUACUAUGCAGUCAGAGAGAAUGAUAGCUCAGUAACUGUGUGUGUGACAAUACAGCAAGGACGCAUGGAUGAAAAUGCUGUGCUUUCUCUUGAAGUUAGUACAGUGCAGAUUCCAGGAUCUGCCCAAGAGGUUUUGGACUACAGAGGCAUCUCAACAGUAAUUACAUUCAAUUCGUCUGUAUCUGUGAACUGUUUGAUGCUGGUUGUUGUGGAUGACAAUUCCCUUGAACAAAAUGAAACUCUGAUGAUGUCACUAUCCUUUGUUCAGGACACAUAUAAUGUAUAUUUUACCCAGAAGAGUGUCACUGUGAAGAUUAUGAAUGAUGAUGAUUUGUACAUUGGGUUCGAGCAAUCUGCCUAUACUGCCAGUGAACGAAAUGCAUCCAUAAGUGUGUGCAUAGAAGUGAAACAUGGGUUGCUGGGAGCACCCAUCAGUGUCAUAAUGGCCGUUGAGAGUUUAAGUGCACAAGCAAAUAGUGACUUUCAAGACGUAGAAAAUAGAGUCUUAACCAUUGAGCCACCAUUCGAGACACCUCUCUGCGUGGCUGCUGUUUCUAUUAUAAAUGACAUGGCUUUUGAAGACAGUGAAACACUGAAUGUAUUACUGACUCCAAUGGAUGUUUUUAGCCGAGUAAUUGUCACCCAGCCAACAGCAACCAUUAUUAUCACCGAUGACGACAUGGUAACAGUUGGAUUUGAUCAGAGGGAUUAUACAGUGAGGGAGGAUGGUCGUCAGUUGGAAAUAUGUGUCACAGUACGUGAUGGAAUGCAAUUGGGUACUAAUUUGACAGUACAUCUUGAGAGUGAAACUGGAACUGCUGAAGAGAACAAAGAUUACAUAAAUCUCUCAAGGGAUUUAACAUUAUCUCCAACCACCCCCGAGCAGUGUGUUUCUAUUGAUAUCAUUGAUGACACAGCAUUUGAAGAAAAUGAGAUGAUAGCUAUGUCAGUUUCUCUUGCUGAAGUACAAGAGAGAGUACAGAUUUCGCCACAAAGUGCUAAUGUGUUCAUCACUGAUAAUGAUGAACUCACUGUUGGCUUCAAACGCAACUAUGAGGCAGUUCCUGAAGGAGGCAUGUUUAACGUUUGUGUUGAAGUUCCUCCAGGGAAGCUAGGAAAAGACCUCACACUUCAAUUAAGUACACACAGUGGAACUGCUUCAGAUGGAAUCGAUUUUGAUGGAGAACAAAAGCUUCUAAGUCUAAAUUCAACCACUUCAAAUGCGUGUGUACAAAUCUCCACAAUGAAUGACACACUUUAUGAAGAUAAAGAGUUCUUUACAGUGUCUCUCUCUGUGAUCGGAGAAAACAGGAGGGCUGUUCAUCUCCCUCAGAGCAAUCCAACUUUAUUCAUUGAGAACGAUGACGAUGUAUUUGUGGAUUUCAUGAGCAGUUAUUACUCAACAAAUGAGUCUGCAGGAAGUGUAGAUGUGUGCGUAUGGGUUGUUACGGGACAGCUGGGGACCAACAUUACACUGGAAUUGAACACGCUCAGAGAAACAGCCACAGCUGUUGAUGAUUUUGUUGAAGUUAAAACUACUUUGAUUCUCUCUCCAUCAAACUUGGAGGGGUGUGUAACGGUCAAUAUCGUGGAUGAUGAAGCUGUUGAGUGGAGUGAAACCCUAACUCUGACACUAUCACAAUUUGGAGUUUCGGAUACUGCUCUGAAUGUGUCCAAAAAACCUGUCAAAAUUAAUAUUACUGAUGACGAUGUGGCUGUUAUUGCACUGGAGACAGUAACACAUGACCAAACUGACGAUUUCCGUUUGGUUGAUAUUUGUGCUGUAACAAAUAACACCCUUGAGAGAACCUUUAAUCUCUCAGUUGUUGCGGACAUUGUCAUGGAGUUUGAGAAUGGCACCACACAUUCUUCAACGGUUAUCCGCCAUCUAGAGCUGGAACCAAGUGUUACUCACGCAUGCCUCAGUUUCAAAAUCACAAAGAAUCAAGAGCUAUCCUUUUUUGUGGUGUCACCUGUUGCCGUAGAAAUAUUGAAUCCAAACGGAACCAUACUCAGUGAGCCGUCAUUUGAUGAGAUAUUAACACUGCUGAAAGAUGAUAAUGUGAACGUGGUAGAGGUUAUUGAAUUGUUGGAUGAUGUAGUGAAUACACUGAUUAACAAUGAACAAACUGCUUCCUACAAGUUCUCAAAUACCCUUAUAGACGUGGUAAGUAGAGUACUGGAUGUCACCAAUGAGUCACCAGAAGUGUCUGAGAAAGAGGGGAUUAUGACUGAUUCGAAACCAGCACCUGGUACUUCACUGUUAGAGACACUGGACAAAUUUGCGCUUCAAUCGUUUAAUUCCAGUCAUGGCACUAUUUCAUCCAAUAAUACAAAGAUUGGAGUGCUCAAUAUGAAUGAUGUAGAGAAAGAUUUUAUCACUGGUAUAUCUGGCCCUGAAGAUGAAAUGAUUGAGAUACAAGCAGCUGUGCUCAUGAAGUAUAAUUUUUCUGUGACUGUUGGGUCAUAUUACUUCCGCAAUGUAAGUGGUCUUCUUCCUGGUUCUAUUGAUAAUAUCAGCAAUUCUGAACUAGUUUCGUCGGUGCUCUCUUCAGCUCUUUGGUGUGAAGAUCAUCCUUGUGAUCCCAUUGAUAAUACAUCAGAACUUGUACGCAUAUCACUCCAUCAUCGUCCAAUGACAGAUUCUGAGGAACCGAGAUGUGUUUUUUAUAAUCUCAAAACGAACCGCUGGUCUGAAGAUGGCUGCACUGUUAGUAAUGAGUCUAAUUCUACCUUGACCAUCUGCAGCUGUAAUCAUCUAACACAUUUCGCUGUGAUGCUUAGCCCUAAGAAUUCAGUUAAUAAGCAGGAUGCAUAUAACAUGAGAUUAAUCGGCUAUGUUGGAACUUCAAUAUCUCUCACUUGUCUGUUGAUCAUCGUUUUUAUCUUCACCACUUUCAAGUCAUUGUGGAGUAUGCGCAACUACAUUCAUGUCAAUCUUUCAAUCAGCCUCUUCGUUGCUCAACUGUUGUUUGUAGUUGGUGUAGAUAAAACCCAAAAUCAGAUUGCUUGCCAGACAAUCGCUGUUGUGUUGCAUUACGCAUUCCUUGUUACAUUUAUGUGGAUGUUGAUGGAGGGUGUAGUUCUGUAUGUAGCUCUUGUAAGAGUUUUCGUUACUAAGCCACACCGUUAUGUUAUCGGCUUCACUGUGGUGAGCUAUGGUGAGUAAAGAGUUACAAUAGGCACACAUGUUUAUUUGUUACCCAUCUCCUUCCCAGGAGCACCGCUAGUAUACAUGGCAUUAGCAGUACCACUUGGAUUUUUACUUUCACGUGGACCACAUUAUGGAGGGGAAAUAUGCUGGUUGAGGUAUGACACCCAUUUUAUUUGGGCUCUUAUAUCUCCUGUAAUCCUCAUCAUACUAGUAAGCAAUUAUCUGUGUAAUAAUAUGUGGCCAUGUGUAUAUACAGCAUACAAUAAUAAAACUAUGUUCUAUAAAGUGAAGAUCAAUAAUUGUGACCAUUUUGAAGCCGUUGAAUUUUGAUAGUGUGCCAUCUCAUCCAGGCAAAUAUUGGGUUCUUUUUCAUGGCCAUUUACAUUAUUUGGAAGCAACAGACAAGAAGGAAUUUGUCAACAAGUCAAAUACAGAAAGCAAAGCACUGGCUCAAAGUAUCAGUAUCUCUCUUGGUCGUCAUGGGGAUUGCAUGGAUCAUCGGUGUGAUGACAUUUCAUGAGGCACUUCUGUUUGUGUCAUAUAUCUUUACUGUUGUUGUGGCCUUUCAGGGUGCAAUAAUGUUCAUCAUGUUUGUGAUCCUUUCAAAGCAGGUAAAACUGGCUUUGAAGAAGUGGUUUAUCCGCAGUGUGAUAAUGAAAUCUGACUAUCUCAGCGAACACUUUUCAGAUUUCACACGAUCAACUCAAACUGGGUAUUCACAAUCUCACUCAAGUGUAUCUACAAAAAACAGUACAGUAGCUCAAGGGAUUCAACUAGGAGCAUUCUUAGCUCCACCGGCUAAGCCUGAAGUUCUUGGUGAAUUACAGAAGGAGUAUGAAGCUACUGUCUUGCCAUCCCCAUCUCCUGCACCAUCCACUCCUUAUGCAUCAUCACGUAACUCUCCCCUCCCACAUCUACAAAGCCAUCUGGAAGAAGAUGUCACAGAUGGUGAUGAGGGGCCUCCCAAUACAUUUACAGUCAUAUAUGUUACAAAUGACAAAGAUUCAGGUCGGGGCUCUCCUGACACAGACACUAUUUGCACCCCACCACCUCAUCAUUUGCCAACUUUGAAUUCUUCUGACAUGUCUGUUACCAACUGACAAUUUUUCUUACAUGUUUUUGGAUAAAGUGCACUUGUUUCAUUUUUGUACGUAUGCUGAUUCAACCAUUAUUACCUUGCUUCAUUUUUGUACAUAUUUAUACAUAUUCAACCUUUUUUUACAAAUACUCUCAUUUAUUAAUGUUUCCGCCCAUUGCUCUGGGUGC